UAUUGGCAAUUUAGUGUAGCGUUAGGGGUUAGUGACAGACCUUCUCUGUACUUUCUUGUUUUUUUUCCGCUUCUUUUUUGGUAUAAUAAGUGACAGUUGAUUGAAAGUUAUUGUUGUAAUUAUUCGAAAUUCAAACGGACGUGUGACAACAGUUUUAAAUGUCGCGGGUCGCUGUUAACUUCGGGUAUUUACGAUCGUCACAGCCUUCUAUUGGCGGUGUGCAGCUGUUCAAUGUCGAAUUGAUAUAAAAUACCAAUUUCGAUGGCGGGAAUAUUAUAAAUAAACUAACCUACGGAUUACUGUGGACCAUUGGGCUAUGGCCGCUGUUGCCGAAAUGGGGGAAGUCGACGAAAUCCAUUCGAAUGAAGAAAGUAUACGAGAUGGUGCCAGUGUGAACGGAGACGUGUGCGAGUUUAAUAAAGAGGCAGAUGAGGACCCGGAUGAAAUCAUCGAAUCAACAAAUGUUAGCGAAGAUGAAAUGGUAGAACACGAAGAAAACAAUUCCGACAAUGACGACGACGAUGCUCAAUUUAGGGAAAUACAUAGCGUCGAAGAGCAGGAAGUGGAUGAUGAUGAUGACGAGGAUAAAAUGGAGGUGGAAGAAAUAGGAUCGGUCGAGCAAAUACACGAAAUAAACAACAGCGACGAUGAGGAUAAACACGAGGAGAUAAGAAACGGUCUUGAUGACGGCACAGGUGAUAGUGAUAAAAUGGACGACGCUAACUCCAUUAUUAUUCACGAUUCGGGCGAGGCCGAUUGCGAUGACGUCGUAAUAUUGGACGAUACGGAUCCCAUAGAAAAUGGCACUAUAGAUAUGACGGAAGAUGACGUUGAAAUUACGGAACCUAUAGAAGAUCUCGAGCCACAAAAUGAUACCGACACUCAGGCAAAUAAAAAGAAGCUUGUUUCGGAGCAGGUCGCUUUCCGAAGAAGUAUUCGUAACUUUGGAAAAGAAAGGAGGUCAUAUGCCAAAAAGGAGAAGCCAAAGCCACCCCCGAUUCCGGAACCUCAGCCAUGUGAUUCGUCCGAUAUGUCCGAUAUUGAAGAGAUACUACCCGAAGAUCCUUUAGCUGUGAUUGAAGCCACCCCUUCACCUCAAACGAAAGCUCCAAAGAAAAAAUCGCGACUGUCUAGUUCAACCAUAGUUGUCAAGGACACCAAACGCCUUGCUGAAAUUGCCUCUAAAUCUACCGCUAAUAAUAAUAAUAAAAAAGAACCAACGCUAGUAAUAAUUGACACAAAUUCCAUUUUAUCAGGUCGUGGUCCCAUUCCCAUUACUCAGAAAGCUUCCAUGUCGAAUUCGCAAAUGACCAACUCCUUUCCAAUGCUGCCGAUGGCGCUUCCCGCUCAAGGUAUUUACCCGGCGAAUAUGCGCGCCACAAUCACACCUAUUCCAAUGACUCCUACUUCAAUUUCAGCAGUACCAGCCACCCGACCUCCGACCACCGCACCCACGCUUCCUCCGGCCCCACCCGUUCUCCCCACCUUAACCGAUGAUAUGUUUGUGGUAGAGGCACCUUCCUUUAUUGUUCCUUAUGUAUACGAGAAACCUCCACUAAAAGACCUUAAAACUUGCAUUAAGACUCUCGAGAAUGAAAUCAAAGAAAGCGAAGAGAGCGACAAGGCGAAAGAGUCCGAAAGCAAGAAGGAAGAUGCACCCGAAAGCGAUAAGAAAGACGACGACGCAGAUAAGGAUGAAUCGAAUAAGGAAGGUUCGGAUGUUGAACUAGUAAAUGAGAAACAAGAGGGCAAAGAUUUCGAGUUAGAUUUACCUGUGAUGCCUAUACCCAACACCGCAAAUGCGCUCGCGGCCGAGUUACGUAAGCCCGCCACAUAUUUCGAUAGCGCCCUAGGAAAAUUUUUUAUGGGUAUCGGUUACGGCCUGGUUCAGGAGUCCGUUCAAACUGACCUUUUGAAACAGCAGAAGCGUAAGCGCGAUCGGGAAAAUUGGGAGAACGCGGAGACUAUUAAAACUAUCAAUUCGUUAAUAAAGAAUUUGGAGUAUACGAAAGAAAAUAAUGUUCCAUAUCGCAUGCCAACCAAGAAAUGUGAAUAUUGUAGCUUUAAGACCGAGUCCUCUCUAGCGAUGUCGUUUCAUCUGGAAACUCCCCACAUGAAAAACUACGUGUAUCGUUGUAACUUUUGUACUUAUGAAGUUCGUAGUCCGCACGAUAUUUUAUUCCAUAUGGAAGUUAAGCACGGCGUGAGAGGUCGCUUGGAGAGAGCGCCCGCUUUCCAUCAGUGCCCCAAUUGUCCAUUCGAGGAUAAUCAAAAGGGAAAGCUGUCGAGGCACUCGGUGGCGUGCAUGCGCAAAUUUAAGCCCGAACGAAAUUUGGAACCGCCCGCCGAUUUUGAACCUCCCGCGAAAAUACCUCGAAUGCCGCGUAUGAAGCAGCAAGGAAUGGGAAGCGCGGCCGCCGUUUACCAGGCAAUGGCACGUUCAACUCAGUUACAAAUGAUGUCUAAGCUAGCUAAUAAUUCAACUGCUUUGCAGCGUGGGAGAGGUAGGCCGUCGAUGGGGCUUCCGAUUACAAAGCACAUUCCUCCCAGCAUACGACCCGCCAAUGCUAACAUACUGUACAAACCAUCCGGAAGCAUGUCGGGCGGCUCCGUUUUGGUACCGACGAAUUACCAGUUAAGCGGAAAUCCUCUAUAUCAGGUGGUGGGUGGUCCAGAGAUGGGUGGCCACAUAGGCCACGGCCUUGCCGCCACGUAUCUGCCUAAUUUAUCUACCACGCCCAAUUCAUUCACCGUUCAGCAGCAGCAAGCGGCUACAAACAAAACGAAAACCACAAAUCAACCAAGCAUAUCCAUAACGCCUCUACCGCGCGGUACAACCGCGACGGGAUUAACUGUAAACAAGCCCGGCGACACAAAUCCGAAGAAUUCGUUCGUCAUUUGCGAAAUAUGUGAUGGGUAUAUCAAAGAUUUGGAACAGUUACGUAACCAUAUGCAGUGGAUCCAUAAGGUUAAGAUUCAUCCGAAGAUGAUCUACAAUAGACCACCUCUUAAUUGCCAGAAGUGCCAAUUUAGAUUUUUUACCGAUCAAGGAUUAGAAAGACAUUUAUUAGGUUCCCACGGACUCGUCACCUCCAGUAUGCAGGAAGCAGCUAAUCGAAGUAAAGAUGCCGGAAGGUGUCCUGUGUGUGGCAGAGUUUAUCAAUGGAAGCUACUGAACCACGUUGGUCGUGAUCACAAUAUGACUUUGAAACCGGCGCAUCUCUCUUACAAGUGUACAGUCUGUACAGCAACAUUCGGCAUGUAUAAACAAUUCGAGAAUCACGUGUACUCGGCACAUAGUGUCGUAACAAAGCGAGUUGUCGAUAAGAAAGGCGCCAGUCCGGCUUCUAGCACCGGUUCCUCUAAGUCCGAGUCGGUGUUGAAACCUUUAAAAAUUAAUGACGAAAUUACCAUUAUCCCCCAACCGGCGAAAUCUACAAACGGCGAUGCCGAUGAUUGCGGCAUCGCUUCGACCUCAGGUUUAUCGGCCACUUCUGUACGUGCUAGUAACGGUAACUCUAGCGCCAGUAAGGGCGAGUGUUGAGUCAUGACAAGUUUAUUUUUUUAUUGCUCUAUCCGAAUAAUAGUUAUAAUGGGUGGCCUACGAGUGCCGUGCGAUAAACGAAGUGUCUAAAUGAUGUUUAGUGAAAUAGGUGGUGCGUGGUCACAUAUACGAUUGGAAGACUCACGUAGAUAUAAAUGUAUCAGUUGUUUUAAAAACUCUGACCAAUUUAUUUUAAUUUCGGUGCCUCUUUCACCACUACCUACGUUAUAGAAAAUGUGACUAGCAAAUUAUGUAAUCUCAAUUAAUUGUCAAAAAAUAAUAAAUUAAUAUUUAUUUAAUGCGAGGCGGGAGUCCAUUGCUACAGCUAUGUGACGCUGCAUACUGUACAUUAGACUGGUUUAUAUAAAUAUCGUUGCACUGUAAAGUUUUCAAUAGAAUGAAAGUAUAUCGGU